CUGCCCACGGUGGCAAGGAAGUAGCGUGCUAUGGAAACGCCUCACCUGGGUUCGGUGCCUGUGCGCUGGAUUCUCCACUUUCCAAGAUCCUGCGCGCUCCAGUCCCGUCCGGCAGGUAGGCGCCGGUUGGGAGUGUGCGGCUGAGCCAAGCGGGUGGGGCCCCGACCCCCGGAAAGGUGUGGAGGGAAAGAGGUGGCUGGCAAACAUGUGCGCGACCGACCCGGAGGCCGGAGAUCGGGACGCCGGGGCCGCCCCGGACCGGCUGGGCGACCUUGGGGGAGCGGGUUCCGUCUCUGGGCGAAGGCGUGCAGCUCCCGUCUAUACCUGCCGGUCCGGCGGCGCUCCGGCUUCCUCUCUCUUCCCUGCCCGCCUUUGCCAGGUCGGCCUAAGAGGGCUUCUCCCAGCCCAACAGGGGGAUGCUGGCCUUGGUGCUCUGCGGAGUGUCCCUCGCGCUUCCACCCUUUGUCAGAACAGAUGCAUGCAAGGAUGUUAGUAUGCAAAACGAGGCACCUUCAGCAGGCCAGCCUUUUGCUUUUAACUGUACGCACCCGCCACUAACAUCUGGGAAAGUACGUGUGACAUGGUAUAAAUAUCCUAACAAAAUUCCAAUAUCCAAAAACACACAGUCUAGAAUUCACCAGGAGCAAAACUGGAUUUUGUUUCUCCCCCUGACACAGGAGGACUCUGGGAUCUACCAAUGUGUUAUAAACAGCACAAACACCUGUCACAGAAUCCCCGUAAACCUCACUGUAUUAAGAAAAUACUGGUGUGGUGUUUCUGGAAAAGGCCAGCUGAUUUUAUCGGAUGAAUACAGACAAAUAUUACAUGCUGGAAGGGACGACAGCCUUACCUGUCAUCUGAACUUCCCACAGAGUUGUGUUUUGGAUUCCCUAAAGUGGUAUAAGGGCUGUGAAGAGAUUAAAGGAGAACGGUUUAUUUCCUGGGAAACAAAGCUUUCAGUGAGCAAUGUUUCAACAGAGGAUGGAGGGAGCUACGCAUGUCAAGCCCGACUGACACACACAGGGAAACAGUACACUGUUUUAAACAGCAUCACUGUGAAUAUUGCAGAAACAAAUGGAUAUGCCAGAAGAAUUCCUAAAAUCAUUUAUCCAAAAAACAAUUCAAUUGAAGUACAACUUGGCUCCCCCCUUACUGUGGACUGCAAUAUCACAGACACAAGGGAUAAUACAAAUCUCCGAUGCUGGAGAGUCAAUAGCACCUUGGUGGAUGAUUACUACAGUGAAUCCAAACGCAUCAGAGAAGGAUCCGAAUCCCACAUUUCUUUCCAGAAACAUAUUUUUUACACAGUGAACAUAACCUUCUUGGAAGUGAAAAUGGAAGAUUAUGGUCAUCCUUUCAUUUGUCACGCCGGAGUGUCAGCAGCAUAUUUUAUUUUAAAACUCCCAGCUCCAAAUGUUCAAGCUUACUUGAUAGGUGGGCUUCUCGCCUUGGUGAGUGCAACAGCAUCUGUCAUGUACCUCUACAACAUUUUUAAGAUCGACAUUGCACUCUGGUAUCGAAGUGCCUUCCAUUCUACCGGGACCGGAGAAGAUGGCAAGCUGUAUGAUGCCUAUGUCUUAUACCCCAAGCCUCAAAGAGAAAUCCAGAGCCAUGAGGUGGACACGCUGGUGUUGAAGAUUCUGCCCGAGGUGCUGGAGAGGCAGUGUGGAUAUAAAUUAUUUAUAUUUGGCAGGGAUGAAUUUCCUGGACAAGCAGUGGCCAAUGUCAUUGACGAAAACAUCAAGCUGUGCAGGAGGCUGAUCAUCAUCUUAGUUCCUGAAUCCCUGAGCUUUGACUUGUUAAAGAACAUGUCGGAAGAACAAAUUGCAGUCUACAAUGCGCUCAUCCAGGACGGGAUGAAGGUCAUCCUGAUUGAACUGGAGAAAGUCAAGGACUACGCGGCCAUGCCGGAGUCAAUUCAGUACAUCAAGCAGAAGCACGGGGCCGUCCAGUGGAGUGGGGACUUCACAGAGCAGUCACAGUGUGCAAAGUCCAAGUUCUGGAAAAAAGUGAGGUAUCACAUGCCACCCAAAAGGCCGCCACCAUCUUCUUCUGCCCAGCUGCUGAAGCACACGUCCUGACACCUCCUGGCUGGCUAGUGGGGGGCCAAUGUGGGGUUGGUCACCCGUGAUGGCGUGGUCGGCAUGGGGUGGCUCAUGGUUGGACAAGGACACAUGGCAUUUGGGCAGUCGGCUUGAAGCUUGCCGUUGUGUACUUGUUGCUACAGGUCCUCUGUUUGCUGCUCAUUUUGAUCAGAGCUCCUUCUUUAGGGAAAGGCAUCACCCUUCCAGAAGACCCUCAUUCACUUAUGGGCUCUGAUGAACACUCCCUGAACACAGAGCAGAUGUAGCAUGUGAGCCCCUGGGGAAUGGGACAUGGAGGACUGUAGAGCGGCAGUUGAGUUGUCAGGAAGUUUGGUGCGUGGUGUGGCACCCAUGGGGCCAGAGAUGGAAGUCAGGGGAUGGCAGGAGGCAAUCUGUGGGCUUGGGGAGGGCUGGCAAGGAGAACCGCACUUUUUUCGUGACCAUGAUUUUAGCACACUCAUACUGGAAGCCACUGAGUGGUCACACAGACCAGUGGGGACCAAGUGUGGCCCCACUGGGAUUGCCCAUUAAUCACCAUCCUGUUGGGCCCCAGCCUUGAAAGGAAAGGAUUUGUCAAGUCAAAAUAAGUAACAAUUCACUUGUUUUUCCAGCUGGCCAAGAAGGCUGGGAUUCUGAGCAACAUGUGAGAGAAACAGCGCACCAAGAUGAUGCGAUUCUGGUCCACGUAAAACAAAGUAAUCUUUCAGUUAGCCAGCGUCCCCUCAUCACAGGUCCAUUUAUGAUUUAACAAGGUGCAAGGACUUUUGAUGCUCAAAAUUAGCUGUAAACUCAUCACUACUUUCAAAGACCCCCACCUGAGGAGCUUAGAUAGAGUCCACGUCUCUCGUUCUGUGGCUGAUGACAUCAAGCCCUAACAAGUGGCCUGCUGGGGUCAGAAUGUUUGUGUCCCCCAAAUUCACAUGUUGCAGUCCUAACACCCAGUGUCAUGGUAUUGGGAGGUGGGGCCUUCCAGAGGUGAUCAGGUCAGAAGGGUGGAGACGUCCUGAAUAGGAUUAGUACUCUCGUAGAAGAUACCCAAGAAGUCCAUUGCCACUUCGGCCAUGUGAGGACACAGCAAGAAGUCUGUGAUCUGAAAAAAGGUCCUCACCUGACCACGAAGGCACCUGUUCUCAGACUUCUUGUCUCCACAGCUGUGAGAAAUUAAUUUUUGUUGUUUGUAAGCCACUCGGCCUAUGGUAUCUCAUGAUAGCGGCCCUAAUGAAGAGUCCAUGGGGGCUGGAAGGGGGUCAGCCAGUGGGCAGGACAGGGGAGGGGGAGGUGGGGAGGAGCAGGAGGGGUGAGAACAGGGACCCCAGCAUGCAGGGAGGAGCAGAGUGUAUGGGGAGCAGGGAAAAGGACCAGGGGCUCUGUGUCCUUCUCGGGCUGCCGAUUGCAUAAAGUGUCUGGUGGGACUUUGUCAUCUUUCCCAAAUGGAACUCUCUCCCUGUUAAACACUACCUCCCCCUCUCCCCUGCCCACAGCCUCUGGCAACGUUCUGCUUUAUGUGUCUAUGAUUUCGGCUCCUCCAGGCACCUCAUGUAAGUGGAAUCAUACAGGAUUUGCCCUUUUGUGCCUGGCUUAUUCCACUUAGCCAUAGGUCCUUAAGAUUCACGUGUAAUAUUUGCUUUUUGUUUCAUUCUUCUUAUGGAGUGCCCCCUCCCUUCUUUCUUUCUUCCCUGGGUGAACGGUAGCAGGUAUCGAUUUUAUUAUGGUGACAAGGGACAACCAACAGAAAUAAGAAGCUCAGGAGGAUUCUUCUAAUCAGAUGUUUGUGAAUUCUUUGCUUCUCGGUUUCUGUCUCCAACAUGGGAGUCGUGAUUUUUCAUGGAGAAUUUGCCAGUUUAAGUAAAGGAAGCUGCUUCUCUUGGUGCACCCAGGAGCGAAGUGAUGGUGGCUGAUGUGUUCCUCCUUCUGUUCCUCUCACCCCUGAGUUUUCUCUCCUCUGCUUGGUACCUGGAGAUUGCCAUUGAUGCUGGAGAAGGCUCUAUGGCCACAGACAUCAGAGGGGCACUUUGCCCUUCACUGUGUCCGAUGUGGAGCCCAUCCCCUACAGCCUUCCCCUCCCUUCCAAGCCCUUUCUCUCCAGAGAGUGAAGAAAGGCAGAGCAGCCCCACGAGUCAGGAGACAGGGUGAGACCCUGGGAUGUGUCCUCUUGUCAGGCUGUCCCAGUUGCCUAUGAAUUUUAGAAAGAGAUUCUCCAGGAUUCUUCAGUGACUAACCUUUUAUAAAUAAAUGACAAGUUGAGGGUGUCAGAAAAAAAGAAAGCCAAUCCAUCAGAGGUAAAGGUAUUUUCUGAAAAUCUGUGACUUAUGGGAGACCGGUACUGUUGGUGAAUUUCUUAAUUGGAAUGAUUUUUUAAGUCAAAAACUUCCUUCCCCUCCAACCUGUGCCUUUUUUCUUUUUGUCUAAAAGUAUGUAAAGCUGUAUUAUUAAUGCAAUAACAUGAAUGAAUUAUAUCCGCACAUUGCAAUUCUGUUGUUAUUAAAUAUGUUU